AUGUCCUACAGACCAAGUUAUCCCGAGUCAUGGAGGCCGCCACCACAGUGCGAUAGUUGGCGCCCCUCCACACAGCCGCCCAACUGCGAGGCAGAUAGACCUUGGUCCAACACUCGUAAGAGAUAUGGGGGAGAAGAUCCGCCUCUCAUGGUACGCCACCUGCCCUUUACUAGGGGAGACUCAUGGAGACCUUACACGCAAGAAAGACAUACAUUACCAAAACGAGAAGAGGGCCAUGAUCACGGUGGUAAAAAUGCCGCAGCUCGGACUACGUCCUACCGGUCACUUGGAUCUCCACGCCAAACCUUCAGUCUUCCUACUAGGCAAGCGAUCUCAGCUUCUGGCCGUCCUCAGUCGUAUCUCGAUCCUUCAGUGACAGACUUUCAGCCAGGCGAUAUUCGCCCAAAUUCCAAUUUCAACCAUGCAGCUCCUGCACCACUGAGGUCAGUGCAGAACCUCGCUCGGUAUUCUCCAUAUCGAGUUAACAAGCCCUACAGGUCGGCAGAGCCUUCGAGUAAUCCUACCAGCAGGGUUGGUGAAGAUAACCUCGACAUACUAAAACAAAACACUUCUCCAUCACAUCGAUAUGCUUUACGAUCAAGGCGGUCAGAUGAGGCCCCCCUGACUGCACUUGACGACGUCAGAAUACCGUCUGAUCAGUUCCAUCAGAUUAUCUCACAGAACGGGCGGGGUCCCACCAGAUCAUCCGCUAUCCUAGCCCAACACGCAAAGCACAGGCAAACAAAACCGCAACAGAUCCACCCACCCCCGGCACCAACAGCAACGGAUCUCUACCUUGCCCAAGCUCGCCUCCCAGUGAUACGGUGCGCGGCUCCAAAGAAGCUUCUUGUUGUACUGGACCUCAACGGAACGCUACUUGUGAGGCCCAACCGGAUGAAAUCUCGUGAGUUUAACAUCCGUCCUGGAGUGCAUCAAUUCCUGGAUUAUCUAUUCGACCAUCAUCUCGUCAUGAUUUAUAGCUCCGCUCGACCAGAAAAUGUGGAAGCAAUGGUGGACGCGCUCGUCAGCAAGAAACGUGCGAAGGCUUUAGCAGCAAUCUGGGGCAGAGACAAGCUCGGACUGACACCUGAACAAUAUAACGAAAAGGUUCAGGUCUACAAAAAGCUCGAUAAGGUGUGGGAAGACGACCGAAUACAGGCUACAUGCCCAGGCAAGCAACCCUGGAACCAAACUAACACUGUUCUUGUUGACGACAGUCAUCUAAAGGCGUUAUCUCAUCCACAUAACCUGAUCCAGGUGACCGAAUUCACCAAGAAGAAACUCGACCCGCAAGAAAGAAAGAGAGAACAGGAAGUUGUGGCCUCUGUAAGGGCGAAACUAGAAGAACUGAAAUGGACGCUUGAUGUGAGCCGACAUAUCUUGCGCUGGCAGACAGGCCAGAUGGAGCCACCGCUUGCGACUAAAUUGAGCCCCUUGCCCAAAUCUGGAGAAGAAGGGAUGCGUACACAGCCCAGUCAGUCGGCCAACAUUGUUGGCGAUAGUGGUGAGAUUCCUGACGAGGCCAUCGUUCAGGAAGGUCUGGAGAAGGAUAUGGAGAAUCUGACCACAAACACUAGCUCGAAGGACGAUAAUGGUCACAUGAACGAGCCCGCGAUCUCCGCCAAUGAAUGGAAAGAAUUCCUAAAAUGA